CGACGCACCGGGCAUCCACUCCUCUGGUCUGUUUUGGACACCCCAGGCAUGCGCAGUUGCGAAUAACCAUUUAAAACGCCGAUGUGGCUGCUGUGAUGUUAAACUUUUUUAUUUUUUUAUUUUUGGCUUCAACAACAAACUGUUGAAAUGAAACUUUCCACGCUGCUUUUCUUCGGCGCUUGUUGUUUGGUGACCGCGCACGGAGAAGACGAGAGGCUGCCCAACAAAUGCGAAGUGUGUAAGUUUCUGACCGUGGAGCUGCAGGAUGCUCUGGAGAAGACCGGUCGCUCCAAAGAAGUCCUGGAGGUUGGAGAGGUGUUGGACACGGGCAAGAGGAGGAAAAAGAUCCGGUACAACACCUCGGAAACUCGUCUGACCGAGGCUGUGGACGACAUCUGUGAACGCAUCCUGCAGUAUAAUGUUCACGCAGAGAGGCCUGGCAGCCUCAGAUACGCCAAGGGUGCCAGUCAGACCAUGACAACUCUGAAGAACCUGGUCCACAAGGGAGUUAAAGUGGACUUAGGUCUGCCGUUUGAACUGUGGGACGAACCCUCAGUGGAGGUGUCGGACAUGAAAAAACAGUGUGAGACGAUGCUGGAGAAGUAUGAGGACGUCGUGGAGGACUGGUACUUCCAUCAUCAGGACGAGAGGCUGGAGAUCUUCCUCUGUCAGAACCACGUCCUCAAAGAGUCAGAGCAAGAAUGUAUAAAGGAGGUGUGGAAAGGAGACAUGGGGACCAAAGGAGGAGCCACGGAGACGGAAAGCGACGGCACAGAGGAGGAAGCGAAAACACACGACGCCGGAGAGCUAUGAGGAGAAAUAUCGUCAGAAAGGGAAACCCAGAAAACAAAAAUAUAACCUCAACCUUUCCUCUUUUUCUUUAGCUUUUAGCGGGCAAGCUGCAAAGACAUUAUGUGUUAUAACACUAACACUCUUCCUGGUGCCAAAACUUAAAACCAGGGCUGCAACUGGCGAUUAUUUUUUUUAUUAUCGAUUAUUCUGUCGAUCGUUUCCUCGAUUUAAUCAAGUUGUUUGGUCCAGAAAAGUGACGUCUACAACUCAAAAGAUUCAGU